AUGGGACAAACACUUUCAGAGCCUAUUGUCGACAAAAAUACUCAUCAUGGAAAGAACAAAAACUUAGCUUAUGGCCUUUCAGCCAUGCAAGGUUGGAGACUCACCAUGGAAGACGCUCACUGUGCUGAAUUAGACGUAGAUGGCACUACCGCUAGUUUCUUUGGUGUUUAUGAUGGCCAUGGAGGUUCAACUGUUGCUCAAUAUACUGGGCAAACGCUUCACCAUCGUGUUAUCGAAUCUUCGCACUACAAGGAGAAGGAUUAUGCAAAAGCUUUAAUCGAUGCUUAUUUAAAGUUGGAUGUUGAACUUUUACAGGAUCAAAACUUUGCCUAUGAUCCCUCUGGGUGCACAGCUGUAACAGCUUUGGUGACUCCUGACCAAAAGUCUAUAUUUGUGGCAAAUGCCGGUGAUUCAAGAUCUGUUAUUAGUACAUCUGGUCAAAGUAAGGCUUUAUCGUACGAUCACAAGCCUGUCGAUCCCAAGGAAAAUCAACGUAUUGUAAAUGCUGGUGGCUUUGUUGAAUUUGGACGUGUCAAUGGCAAUCUUGCUUUAUCGCGUGCUAUUGGCGACUUUGAGUUUAAACAAAACUCCAAUUUGCCUCCUGAGCAACAAGCAGUUACUUGCGACCCUGAUGUAAUCGAGCAUACAAUUACCGAUCAAGAUGAAUUUUUUGUUUUAGCCUGCGAUGGUAUUUGGGAUUGCAUGACAAAUCAACAAGUUGUCAACUAUAUUCGUGGACAUUUGGCCGAAAAGACAAGAUUGGAAGACAUUUGUGAACAAAUGAUGGAACACUGUCUUGCACCAGAUAGUGAUGGAGGAGGCGUCGGAUGCGAUAAUAUGUCAGUCAUGAUUAUUGCCAUUUUGAACGGAAAGACAGAGGAAGAAUGGUACGAUUGGAUGGCAAGUCGUACGGCUGCUCCCAAGAAGGAUGCUUUGGGCAAUGAUGUUGUUGGUGAGCCCACUGAAACUACAACAGUAACAGCAACUUCAGAGGAUACCACCAAAAAUAAUGAUACUGCUGCCGCUAAACCAUGA